AUGGCUCCUACAAAGGUUGGAAUCAACGGUUUCGGCCGCAUUGGUCGUAUCGUCUUCAGAAACGCCAUUGAGCACAAUGACAUCGACAUCGUCGCCGUCAACGACCCUUUCAUUGAGCCCCACUACGCCGCAUACAUGCUCAAGUAUGACUCCACCCACGGCCAAUUCAAGGGCGACAUCAAGGCCACCGCCACCGGCCUCGAGGUCAAUGGCAAGACCGUCCGAUUCUACGCGGAGCGGGACCCCGCCAACAUCCCCUGGGCGGAGACCGGUGCCUACUACAUCGUCGAGUCCACCGGUGUCUUCACCACCACCGACAAGGCCAAGGCUCACUUGAAGGGCGGAGCCAAGAAGGUUGUCAUCUCCGCUCCCUCCGCUGAUGCCCCCAUGUACGUGAUGGGUGUCAACGAGAAGACCUACAAGUCCGACGUCGAGGUCAUCUCCAACGCCUCCUGCACCACCAACUGCCUUGCUCCCCUCGCCAAGGUCAUCCACGACGAGUUCACCAUCAUCGAGGGUCUCAUGACCACCAUCCACUCCUACACCGCCACCCAGAAGACCGUCGACGGUCCCUCCGCCAAGGACUGGCGUGGAGGCCGUACCGCCGCCCAGAACAUCAUCCCCUCCAGCACUGGUGCCGCCAAGGCUGUCGGAAAGGUCAUCCCCGACCUCAACGGCAAGCUUACUGGAAUGUCCAUGCGUGUGCCAACCUCCAACGUCUCCGUUGUUGACCUGACCUGCCGCAUUGAGAAGGGAGCCACCUACGAUGAGAUCAAGGCUGCCAUCAAGAAGGCUUCCGAGGGUCCCCUCAAGGGCAUCCUUGCCUACACCGAGGAUGAGGUUGUCUCCUCCGACUUGAACGGCGACACCCACUCCUCCAUCUUCGAUGCCAAGGCUGGUAUCUCCCUCAACAAGAACUUCGUCAAGCUGGUCUCCUGGUACGAUAACGAGUGGGGAUACUCCCGCCGUGUCCUCGACCUCCUCAGCUACAUUGCCAAGGUUGAUGCUGGAUCCAAGUAG